AUGGACCGCGGUGACUUUGACUUUCCACCGGAUCCUUCUGUGGAGGCGUUUGGCUCCACGUUGGAGUCCCUUAACAGCGUUCCCCUUAGAGUGCUCUCAAACAUGCCGAUUGAGGAGCUGCCGCCCACCGUAGUGCCCGCAGAGCAGCAGCGGCCCAUCCGCCAGAUGAUGCGGGGCGGCCGGCGGCUUCGGCGCGCGGGGACGCUCCGGAAGAGUGCGCGCGCCUCUGCUGAACCCGCGCACGACGCCCUGGCUUCGCAGCCAGGCGAUGCCGCGGAGGGGGGCGAGCCGACCUCUUCGCUGAGGCAUAGUUUUGCUGGGCAUAAGCGGGCCCGUUUUGACUGGAGCGAGGAGGAACUGCGGGAUUUCUACAAAUUUCUCUCGCAGUACGGCACGGACUUCAACGCCAUCGCAGUUAUGUAUCAGGGCCGGUCGCGUGAGGACGUCAAGCGCCUGUAUCAUCGUGAGCUGCGCAAGCGGCGUGACGACGUCCGGGCGGCGCUGUCCUCGCGUGAGGAGAUAGACUUGGGGACGUUUAGGGCGCGUCUGAAAAAGCGGGAGGAGCUGCAGCAGGUUCCGGCGCGUCAGCUGGAGCAGGAGGAGGAGGAGGCGCUGCGCCUCAUCGAGACGGGGGCACUGCAGUUCCGGCCAACAUGCAACGAAGGCGAAGCCCCCGUUUCUGACGCCGGGAACAGUGAGUUUGAGUUUGACUUUGUGGCCGCUAAAAAUCCGACGCCGGAAAAGGCAAGUCCAACAGGGGAUGUGAAAACAGCCUGUGCUAGCAAGCACGACGACGACAAAAGUAGCUUGCCGGCCUUAAAAAGUGCGGAGGCAAGCAGUGUAAGAAAUACCGACAAUGGUGAUCCGCUGGAGGACACGCUGCUGGAUGAUUUUCUUUCCCCUGAUCAACCCUCGGAAGACCUAUAUUUUUGA